AUGGAGGAUCGGGAUGUGAAUGACGUGGGUCCUGGAGGUUUGUUGGGGGACCGGACUCCACCAGUGGCAGUGCGUGUGACAGAGGGUGCAUCUGCUGUCCUGGGCUGUGACCUUCACAAGGAACAGGACGACCCCACCACCACUGUGGUGGAAUGGGUUUCCCGGAAUCAUGUGCUCCCAAUCUUCCUCAAGUUCGGAAUAUAUCCUCCACGGGUUGAUGCUUCUUAUCUCGGUCGCCUGAGUUUACAGAACGGUGCCUCUUUGCAAGUUGAUGUCGUACGGCAAGAGGAUGAGGGCUGGUACCAAUGUCAGCUGCUGUUCCUUACCCAACCCCACGGAGACCGUAAUGGUAGCUGGAUUCACCUCUCUGUCACCACCCCACCCACGUUCCGGAGCACCCCUCCCACUGUGCUGGAGCUGCACCAGGGGGAGCGGGCACAGCUGGUGUGUGAAGUGGGUGGGAUCCCAGAGCCGGAGGUGAGCUGGCGUAAGGAUGGGGCUGAGCUGUCACCGGGGAGCCUCCACUCACCUGUGGUGUGGCAUCAGGUGAGUGGAGGGGUGCUGGAGAUCGGGCCAGUGGAUGCACGGAACCGAGGGCUGUACACAUGUGAAGCUAGCAACAUUGAAGGGAGCGUCAAUCACAGCACCACCCUCCUGGUGAUAGGACCACCAAUUAUUGUGCACCCUCCCCAAAACACCACCAUCAACGUCACACAGGAUGCAGUCUUUGAGUGCGAGGCGGAAGUGUAUCCUGUCAACGUAACGUACGCCUGGUCCAAACACGGCAUAAACGUUCACCAACUCAGUCAGCUGUGUCACCGCGUGUCGGUACACUCAAAUGGGAGUCUGCGGCUGACGGCUGCCACCCCCCUGGACAGUGGCUGGUACACCUGCACAGCUAGUAACGGAGUAGGGAAGACACCUGGAGCCACAGCCUAUCUCUCUGUUCUUCAUCCAGCCUUCAGCCAAGCAAUGCCCUUGAUCACGGUCUUAGUCUCAGGUCGGGGGGGUCGGAUCCAGUGUCCUGCCAUCUCCAACCCUCCACUGAGCUAUGUCUCCUGGAGCAAGGAUGGAUACCCACUGAAGGUCACCCAGCUGCCUGGUUGGUCUCUGGAUGACGAGGGGGCGAUUGUGAUCGAUACAGUGGACUCCACAGCUCUAAGGAACUACAGCUGCACUCCAUACAACAGCCUGGGGACCAUGGGGAGCUCUACAUCCACCCACAUCGUACUGAAGGACCCGCCGAAGUUUGUCAAAAGACCAGCGAGGCACUACCAGGAGGAGGUGGGGCAGGAACUGAGGAUCGGCUGUCAGGCAUCAGGAGAUCCACAGCCCAGGAUCAGCUGGAGAAAGGUGGGAGGAGGCAGUGUCAACUAUCGGGUCCUCGAGGACGGGACCUUGGUGCUAAGGAUGGUUUCCCGGGAGCACCACGGGCUCUGGGAAUGCAUUGCCAGCACUGAUGUUGCCAUGGUUACCAGCAAUACCCUGCUCCAGGUGACAGGGACCAGCCCUCACCCGCCUACUGAGCUAACGGUUAGCGCUAGGAGUUUCGGAGUGAACGUCUCUUGGUGUCCUGGCUUCGACGGAGGUCACCAGCAGCACUUCUCUGUCUGGUUUCAUCAGGCGGCUCCCCAACCCCAUGACUGGGUUUACCGGAAGGUUCCACUGGGUGCCUCCUGGCUGUGGGUGGAGAGUCUGUGGCCAGAGACGUGCUACCAGUUCAGCGUGUUGGCCCAGAGUGAGCACGGUAGCAGCCUCUUCAGUGAGAUCGUCACAGCCUGGACCCUGAAUGUUCCCAUGGCAACAAGCCCACCUUGGCCUCCGGUGAUGGAGGGACUUCACCUCCUCCCACCCAGAUCCCCUACGGCCAAUUGGACGCAGCAUGGCAUCUUACUGCGCUGGAAACCUCCCCUUCCCCCUUCACUGACUCCCACCACCUACCUCUUGGAGUCCUGGACAGAGAGUGGCUGGAGACUGAUGCAAAGCACCAUCCCAGCCACCCAAGAGGAGCUUCUGCUGAGCGAUCUGGUCAAGGACACUCUGUACCACGUGCGCCUGCGCUCCCGGCGUGGGCCUUGGAUCAGUGUGCCCAGCCAUGUGGUGAAUGUUUCCACGGGAGGUAUGGUGACCCUUCCUCCCCGGGAUGGUACACGGGUCUCCCUGGACAGCCCAGUGAGCGCUGGAGUCAUCGCUGGCAGCUGCUUCCUGGCCACAGCUGUGACUGUCAGUGCUCUGGUAUCCUGUCUCAGUAACCGGCGAAAGGCCAGGCGCAGGCAGGAUAUUCCGAUCAUUUUCAGUCGUUUCCAGAAAUCUCCAGAAACACAAUCCUCCACCAGUCUAGGUAGUGUUCUGAAGCUGAAGGUCCCGAUCCCAAUCUAUCAGACAUUUCCCGAUGCCCCCAGCUCCCCCCAGUGUGCACUCGUUAGUCGGGAUUCCCAGGCCAUCCAUCCACUGCAGGGUAUUUGCCGAGGCGCGGAUGGUCGCUUCGUGGUCGAGCCGGAGGCAAGCAGGAAUAAGACGCUGCUGUGGCCUGGGGACGAACUCCCAGAGCUUCCCUGGAAUUCGGGACUGGACAGGGAAAAGGGGCCAGGUUCCCCGGGACAGAGCCACUGCUAUUACUUCGCCCUGGCCUGCAGCACCCCAGCCGGUGAGAACAGCCCUCUCUGUAUCCCGGGACUGAGCCCCAUCCUGUCUUCGCCAGGGACGGACUCUGUUCCUAUGGCCUGGGGUCCUGGCCUGCACACACCGCCCCCUCUCUGGGCAGAGAUAGCGAGCCACCCCCGACCUGUGGGUCCCGACUUUCCACCAGUGACCACCACCAGUGGAGCAAUAUGGCAGAGCGUCCUGGGGGAGACUGGAGCAGGCAGCAGGGAGUUGUCCCCGGGCGGGAUUGCUGAGCGGCAAGAGAGGCGGAGUGCUGGGACAAGGCCCUCCUCCAUCACGCUGUCCUAUUCAGGGUGGCAAGACACAGGAGUGGGUCGUCCGUGGCAGCAGCAGCGUCGGCAGCCCGUAGCAGAUGGCCUCCCUUCGCCCAGAUCCCGCUGUGCGGCCCUGUGGGCUGAGUUUCAGGAGGUGCGGGGGGCGGCAAGGUCCUUGUGGCAGGGAGGGGUCUCCCAGCGCCCUCAGCAGCAGGCCACCCUCCUCUGA